UGUGUAUUUGUUACAGAUGACACUCAGAAGCUCUCAGAUCUGAGGAUUGUGUUAAUGGGGUAUAAAUGUGCUGGUAAGAGUUCAUCAGGAAACAUCAUCCUGAACAGAGAGGAGUUUGACUUGAAGAGAUCUGCUCAGUGUGUGAAGAGACAGAGAGAAGUAGCAGACAGACACAUCACUGUGAUUGAAGCUCCUGGAUGGUGGAUUGAUGAACAUGUAGAGAAGAGCACUGAGUUACUGAAAGAAGAGAUUUUACUCAGUGUGUCUCUGUGUCCUCCAGGACCUCACAUUGUUCUUCUGGUUAUACGUGUGGACUACAGAUUUAAAGAGGAUGAGAGAAAAGUAUUACAGGGUUAUGUUGAUCUUCUGGGUGAGAGAGUCUGGAGUCACACUAUAGUGCUCUUCACUUUUGGAGACUUUCUAGGAGACACAACUAUAGAGCAACACAUUGAGAGUGAAGGUGAUGAUCUCCAGUGGCUGGUGGAGAAAUGUGGGAACAGAUAUCAUCUUCUCAACAAUAACAACAGAAGUGAUGAGACUCAGAUCAAAGAUCUGCUGGAGAAGAUAGAGGAGACGGUGACAGAAAACAACGGAGGCCAUUUUGAAAUGGACAGAAAGAUUUUACAGGAGAUUAAAGAGAGAAGGACAGCAGAGGAAGAGAGAGCAGAAGAACGAAUGAAGAGGAUGAAGAAACAGAGAGAGAUGAUCAGAUCACAGAUGGGUGAAACUCAGAAGCUCUCAGAUCUGAGGAUUGUGUUAAUGGGGUAUAAAUGUGCUGGUAAGAGUUCAUUAGGAAACAUCAUCCUGAACAGAGAGGAGUUUGACUUGAAGAGAUCUGCUCAGUGUGUGAAGAAACAGAGAGAAGUAGCAGACAGGCACAUCACUGUGAUUGAAGCUCCUGGAUGGUGGAUAAAUAUACCUGUAGAUCAGAGCUCUGAGUUACAGAAAGAAGAGAUUUUACUCAGUGUGUCUCUGUGUCCUCCAGGACCUCACAUUGUUCUUCUGGUUAUACGUGUGGACAGAAGAUUUAAAGAGGAUGAGAGAAAAGUAUUUGAGGGUUAUGUUGAUCUUCUGGGUGAGAGAGUCUGGAGUCACACUAUAGUGCUCUUCACUCAUGGAGACUUUCUAGGAGACACAACUAUAGAGAAACACAUUGAGAGUGAAGGUGAGGAUCUCCAGUGGCUGGUGGAGAAAUGUGGGAACAGAUAUCAUCUUCUCAACAAUAACAACAGAAGUUAUGAGACUCAGAUCAAAGAUUUGCUGGAGAAGAUAGAGGAGACAGUGACUGAAAACAACGGCUGCCAUUUUGAAUUGGACAGAAAGAUUUUACAGGAGAUAGAAGAGAGAAAGAGAGCAGAGGAUGAGAGGGCAGAAGAACGAAUGAAGAGGAUGAAGAAACAGAGAGAGAUGAUAAGAUCACAGAUGGAUCUGAGGAUUGUGUUAAUGGGGUAUAAAUAUGCUGGUAAAAGUUCAUCAGGAAACAUCAUCCUGAACAGAGAGGAGUUUGACUUGAAGAGAUCUGCUCAGUGUGUGAAGAGACAGAGAGAAGUAGCAGACAGACACAUCACUAUGAUUGAAGCUCCUGGAUGGUGGAUUGAUGAACCAGUAGAGAAGAGCUCUGAGUUACUGAAAGAAGAGAUUUUACUCAGUGUGUCUCUGUUUCCUCCAGGACCUCACAUUGUUCUUCUGGUUAUACGUGCUGACAAGAGAUUUAAAGAGGAUGAGAGAAAAGUAUUACAGGGUUAUGUUGAUCUUCUGGGUGAGAGAGUCUGGAGUCACACUAUAGUGCUCUUCACUUAUGGAGACUUUCUAGGAGACACAACUAUAGAGAAACACAUUGAGAGUGAAGGUGAGGAUCUCCAGUGGCUGGUGGAGAAAUGUGGGAACAGAUAUCAUCUUCUCAACAAUAACAACAGAAGUGAUGAGACUCAGAUCAAAGAUCUGCUGGAGAAGAUAGAGGAGACAGUGACAGAAAACAACGGCUGCUGUUUUGAAAUGGACAGAAAAAGAACGGAAGGAGAGAGAGCAAGAUCACAGAUUAGUAAGUGA